AAGUUUGUUGGUGUUUGCUGACUUGACCUCAAUCUAUGGUCGCUGUUUAAAGACUAUUUUCUCUUUGGGAGAUAAAAAGAACUUUGUUCUUUUUUAUCCUUCGAUGAUAUCAAGUCGAUUAUUUAAUUUUCUUUAUAAUAAUCAAAGAAAAUGAAGGAGUUAGUGGAGGAAAUGGCUGGUGAGGGGUAUGGAUGCGCGGUUGCAAAUCGUUUCGGCCAGCUGCUGGACGAUGAAUCCGACCCUUUUGACAUCUUAUAUGCGGUAGGGGUAGAAAAAAAGCAGAAGAAAAAGAAAGAGGAGCCAAAGAAAACUUCAACUUCAACUUCAACUUCGACUAAAGCUGGAAAGAAGGAGUCUCAAAGGGACAGGAAAAUCAUUCUUCCAGUAGGUGGGAGUGGACAAGGCCAAGUCCGUCUUGCUCGAGGAGAGGUUGAGGAACGAAUAGAAAGACGCGUGAAUUUUGAGCGCAAAUUCAGCGAUGCCGAACCCCCCCUCAGUUUCUCUGUUGAGAGGCCUGUGGAUGUAUUGGACAGGCCUGUCAGAGGAAGAGGCACUGGACGAGGACGAGGAGCCCGUGGCCCAGGAUAUCCAAGAUCCAACGAUGGAUUUGACCAGAGAGGAAAGAGGGAGUUUGAAAGGCACAGUGGCAGUGACCGAACGCGUUACUUAAUCAGGAGUGUCCGUUCGGAAGAGAAGCGCAGUGGCAGUGGAUCUCGUAACUGGGGCUCUAUGAGAGACCACAUGAGUGAAAUUGAAGAGGCCUCACCUAGUGAGGAGGUCGUUGAAAAUGAGGAGACCCAAGAGGCAGUUGAGACUGAUGGAGAAAACAGACCAUCUGAGACUGAGGAAGUGAUUGAGGUUGCCAUAGAGAUGACACUGGAUGAGUGGAAAGCCCUACAGGAGCAAAGCAGGCCCAAGGCGGAGCUGAAUAUCCGCAAGGCAGACACCCCUAUGCCUUCCAAGGCCAUGGUUAUCCAUAAGUCCAAAUUCCUUCAGAAACAACAAAAUGGCAUUGAUGAAGAGGAUGUGGUUUUCCGUCGCCCGGCCAAUGACAUUACCUGUCAACUGGAGAUCAACUUUGGCAGCCUGGCUCGGCCCUCUCGUGGUGGAAGGGGUGGACGAGGUGGUCGUGGCCGUGGAGCUCCCUCCAUGGCAUCCCAAAGAUCUCCACAAAAACUUGAACCUGCUCCAAACCCAGAUGAUCCAGAAGAUUUCCCUGCACUGGCCUAGUGCUCCUCCAGAGGUAGACGGUGAAAAUCAAACUGUUCUGCAACCCAUGUUGGUAAUACUGAAAUGGGCAAUGUGCACUUAAAAUGAUCAAAAAAUAAAGAAUGCACAAAGUUGGUUUUUGCAUUUGCUGUAAUUGAUGUCAUCUUGUUCAUUCUUUAACUUUUGCACUUGAUUGGACUUAAUAUUGAGUCUGAAGUGGUUUGUUCUAAAAUAAAGCAUGCUGUUAAAGGCA